CCGAGAUAUUUCGAGGCUCGUUCGGUACACCGGGACGAACAGUUUAAAACCGUAACGUAUGGCAGCCCUAUACUAAGGACAUUAGCAAUUAGUGACACACAGGGAAAGACAUCAAUGACACUUAAAGACCGUUGCUUUGAUUGGAAGACAAAAUUCACAAUGGGUACCAAUCACAUUUCGGAUGUCCUGGUCUCUCAUGAAUAUAUGACAAUGGAGCAGCAACAGCACCAGCAACAGUACCAACAGCAGCAUCAAAUGCACCAACAUCAGCUAAAUGUCAGCAUUACUUCCGAGAAUCCACUAUCACCAAUUGACUUACAGGAGGGAUCAUCCAGACCGAUACGCAGAACCAGCCAAAGGACCACUCAGCACCCAACUAUGUGUAACGAAGACCAAUUGGAGCGCAUCUACGAAGGCUUGCGGGUGGAGUACCGACUAUUCAUAAAGGGGAGCGAGUUCCAGACAUUCGAAGAGUUGAUGGGGCUCACAGACGAAUAUGAGCUACUCAAGAGCGAGGAGGCAAGGCAAACCAGGAAAUCAGCAUACUGCCUAUCCACUCCAGACGAAGGAUACGAUGCGAAAAACACCUGCUAG